AUGGAGUAUUUCGACAAUGCACUUGACCCGAUAGAGUAUUUCGACAAUGCACUAGACCCUGCUAUGAUCAUAUCAAAACAACUAACAAGGAGUGAUAUUGUUGGUAAUAUGACAUUACCAACACAACAAGUGAUGUCCGUCCUCACGAAGUGGAAUGGUACUACAUGGAAUGAUUUGCAAACCGGAGUUCAAGUGCAAGUCUUCGACCUUCUCGAAAACGAUCGAUACCAAGUGACUCUAAGAUGGGUUGAUGACAACAGUAGAUUUUAUUUCGGGACUGGUUGGAGUAUUAUGAAGCAUUCGUUAGAGCUUGAAGAAGGCAAACCUUUUAAGCUCUAUUGGGAUCACUUACACAACACGUUCGUUGUUCUCAAUCAUGAAUAUAAGUUAAUACAAGAUUCUGAUUCUGGUCAAUCAUGA